AAUACCAGGGAUAUGUUGAAGGUAUGGGCUGAGAAAGAAAAGAGGAAUCUGGACCGGUCGGUGAAAAAUGGAAUCAAUUGCCAAACUGCAGUUGUUAUAAAAGAUCAUGCCCUGGUCAUGGAAUUCAUAGGCAUAUUCUACUUACUUCAUGAGCAAGUAUUGUUUCGGUGCCGCAUGUGCUACUUGAGUCAAUUGUCAACCACUCCACCUUUGUCUUGGAACGCAGGUUGGCCAGCACCUCGUCUCAAAGAUGCUGCACUGUCUUUAGAAGCUACGAAAAGGAUGUAGUGAGGUGUGUUUUAAAUUUGAAAAACUUAUUACCCUUAUCUUAUGAACAAUAAUCUCAUGAAAUAUUGUAUCAUGGUCUAUCACACAUACAGUAUAAGCUCAUGCUCUGUCAAAAACCAAUCAAAAAUUUUAUUUCCCUUAUCAGUAAUACAAUAAUCUCAUGAAAUAUUGUAUUAUGGUCUUUGUUUGGAGCACCCUGGCAGUGUGGCACUGCCUCACUGAAUUCAAUUCAUACAUAAAAAAUAUAUACAGCAGUAAUCUUGAUGUUCAUG